AUGGAAAAUAAAAUUGAUGAAUCUCUAUAUUCGAGGCAAUUAUAUGCGAUUGGUCUGGAUGCAAUGACAAAAAUUACCGAAUCGUCUGUUUUAAUAAGUUGCAAAUAUAACUUUUCGGGAUCUGCGAUAGAGCUGGUUAAAUGCGUAGUUCUUGCCGGGCUAAAGCGUGUUACGUUACAUGCAAACAAAGAUAUUCUUACUUACAGAGAUUUAAGUUCAAAUUAUUAUGUGUCACCAAAAGAUAUUGGGAAACCAUUCAUUAAAAAAGUCGCAAAACGUAUUGCGGAUCUUAAUCAUUAUGUCAAUGUUGGCUAUUGUAAUCUAAUUACGGAUACUCUGAUAAAUGAAUAUAAUUGUGUGGUUUUUUGUGACUAUGAUGUUAAUGAACUUUAUGAUUGGAAUAUAAAAUGUCGGACUAACGGUGUUAAAUUUAUUAUGUUGCAAUCUUUUGGUCUAUUAUUUAAUAUGUUUUGUGAUUUCGGUGACAAACAUGUUGUAGCAGACAUAGACGGGGAGCCAAUAAAUAGCGGUAUUGUUGAAUCUAUAAUUAAAAACAAAUUUAGGACAUUUGACCUUCAUAACAUUUAUUCUGGUGAUGUCAUAUAUUUUGAGGGAAAUGUUGAUGGUUUGAUAUCAAAAACGGAUCGCGAGCCAAAUCUGUACCUUGUUAAUAUUAUAAAUGCCCAUGAAUUUGAACUAAGGGAAUUUUUAGAGAUUCAUAAACAAAUGAGCCAUGGAGAACGCCAAAUUGUGAUAUUGCGUACUGAUCCGAUUGCUUUUCCCGAUUCAAAACCCGUUAAUUUAAUUUUUAAGCAAAUUAAGCUUCCUGUGACUUUUAUUUUUAGAUCUUUGGAAGAAUCGCUAAAGACACCCGAGUUUGCUAUGAUAGAUAAUGUUGACUAUGACAUGCCAAAAAUUCUCAACGUGUUUAUGAAAGCAUUGGGAAUAUGGAGAUCGGAUUGCAAACAUAUUGACGUUUUAGCUUUUCCAAUGUCAGAUCAGGAAAUCGAUUCGCUUAAAAAAAUAUUUGACUUGGAAAUAAAUAAUUCUAAAUUUGACAAGGUUUUUGAGCUGUUGGCCAAAACGUGUUAUGGCAGUAUAUGCGGAAUUGAUGCGAUAGCCGGAUCGAUUUGCGCCCAAGAGGUAAUUAAAGCUGUAACAAAUAAAUUUACACCAACAAAACAAUUUCUCCACUUUGAGUCACUCAAUGUUCUUCCCGAUAACUAUAUUGAGGACCGAAGAACAAACAAACAUUUAUAUACACCAACUAAUUCUAGAUAUGACGGUCAGAUUGUCGUGUUUGGUUCGGAUUAUAUGAAUUUAUUACAUUCAAAAAAUAUUUUCGUGGUCGGCGCCGGAGCCAUAGGAUGCGAACAUAUCAAGAAUUUUAGUAUGAUGGGUGUCAAUAAAAUUAUCAUUACUGAUAUGGAUCAUAUUGAAAAAUCCAAUCUGAAUAGACAGUUUCUUUUUAGACAUUCUGAUAUUAAUCAGCCAAAAUCCAUGACUGCUGCAAAAAAGGGCAAAAAAAUAAAUUGUGAUGUUGAUAUUAUUGCCCAUAAAAAUAAGGUUUGCGAUGAAACAAAUAACAUAUACAAUUCGGAUUUUUUUAAGUCAAUUGACAUUGUUGCGAAUGCUCUUGAUAAUGUUGAAUCGCGUGUUUUUGUCGAUUCGCUUUGUAUAAAAUAUAGAAAACCACUUCUUGAAUGCGGAACACAAGGAACAAAAGGAAGUAUUCAAACUAUUAUUCCAGAUUUAACAGAAUCAUACGGCUCUUUCUCCGAUCAACCCGAACAAACGGUCGCGACAUGCACACUUAAAAUGUUCCCAUAUAAAUAUGAGCAUGUUGUACAAUACGCAAUAGAUAGUUUUGAAGGAUUGUUUAAUCGUGUUCCGUCAAAUUAUAUUAAGGCGAAAAAUCCCGAAAAUCUUAAAACAUUGUCUCCAUCAGAAAUAUCGGAAAUUCUAAAUGACGUGACUAUUAUUGCAAACAAUAGCAAUAAUUUUAAAUGCUGUGUUAAUUUUGCUUACAAACAAUGGCACAAUGUUUUUAGGGAUCCUGUUGUGCAGAUUGUUAAAAAAUAUCCCGAAAAUUAUGUCGACGAAGACGGCAAUCGUUUUUGGUCAGGCAACAAAAUGUUUCCAACAAUCCAUGAAUUUGACAUUAGAAAUAAUUCACAUAUCGAAUUUGUGAUUGCAUUUGCACAUAUAUGGGCCGAUGUUUUAAAUAUUCCAAAAGAAAAACAAAUUGGCAAUAUCAAUGCGAUUUUAAGUAAGAAAGUUCCACCUAAUAUACCAAAAAAUGCCGAAUGUAGAAUUGCGGGGAAAAUCAUUCCAGCAAUUGCAACAACAACAUCAGUUGUGUCGGGUUUUGUUGCACUUGAACUAUAUAAAACAAUAUACGGUCAACUAAAUAAAACUUAUAAUACGAUCCAAAAAUACAGAUAUGGGUCUUUUAAUCUUGCAGUUCAGUUAUUUAGUUUUGGUGAAUCUUAUCCAGCAAAGUUAACAAACAUUGACGGUAAGUUAUAUAGUAUUUGGACACAAAUUAAUGUCGAUCCAGAUAAAACACUGGGAGAGUUGCUUAAUGAAUGGAACAGUGUUUUACUAAUUGAAAAAAACACACAAACUCAAAUGAGUAUUGACUUUAUUUUUGACGGUGACAAAAUUAUAUAUUCUAAAUUUGACGAAUUGAGCGAUAAUUACGAUUCGCAAAGCAUACGCGAUUUAAUUAUCAAAUAUAAUCCCGAGGCAAAACAUGAUCAUUAUUUGUCAAUUAGUCUUGGAUCUGACGCAGGCAUCGAUAACGAUUGUGGAUAUACACCGUGCAUAAACAAAAAAAUUGGUAACUACAGUGAAUUAUACGAUCAAAUAACGAAUCGUAACCCAAAUAAUACCGCAAAAUAUGCGGAAUCGAAACUUGCUUUAGUCGGAUCACCUGUACCAAGUUUUUACGAUUUUAACAAUAUGAAUCUUUACCAAAAAGGGCCUUAUUUGGACUAA